CCCGGAGCGGCGUGUGAUUGGCUGGCGGUCUGGGGCCUCCGUACCCGGCCUGGGCGGCGCGGAUGAGGCCUGAGGCGGCGGCGCGAGGCAGCAUGGUCUGAGACGGUGAACAUGGACUUUUCUCGGCUGCACACGUACACCCCGCCCCAGUGUGUGCCGGAGAACACUGGCUACACCUACGCACUCAGUUCAAGUUAUUCUUCUGAUGCACUAGAUUUUGAGACUAAGCACAAACUGGAUCCUGUAUUUGAUUCUCCAAGAAUGUCCCGCCGUAGUCUUCGCCUGGUCAUGAGCGCAUACAGCACUGACAGUGGCCAGGCUGGGGACACACACUCCAGCAGCAGCAGGGCUGUGAUGCUCAAGGACAGAGCAGCCAGAUCAGUAAAGCAGCGCAGAAGCGCAAGCAAGCCGGCUUUUAGUAUCAACCACCUGUCCGGGAAGUCUGUAUCCUCUGGCAUCAGCCAGGACAGCUCUUGCAGCCUGCAGGGCACUUCAGCUCUGCGGCCUCCUGUACUGGACGAGUCUCUGAUCUGUGAGCAGACCAAAGUGGACCACUUCUGGGGUCUUGAUGAUGAUGGUGACCUUAAAGGUGGAAAUAAGGCCGCCACUCAGGGAAAUGGCGACCUGACCAUAGAUGCAGCCUCCCGCAAUGGGUACACGUGCCCAGACUGCAGCAUGCUCUCAGCACGCACAGAUGCACUCACAGCCUGCACUGCCACCCCUGGGCCCACCUCCAGGGUGUACUCCAGGGAGAAGAACCUGAAACGCGGUGCGUUGUUCUACAUGGAUAGGAUUUUGUGGCUGGCCAAGUACACAUCAUCGUCCUUCUCAUCAUUCUUAGUGCAACUUUUUCACGUGAUUUUCCUGAAGCUCAAUUAUGAACCAGAAAAUUACAAAUUGACAAGUUAUCAGUCAAAAGAUUGUGAAUCAGAAAGCUAUGAGUCAAAAAGCCAUGAAUCAACAGUGCAUCACAGUUACUGUGGGAGGAUGUCUGGCAGAGAGCUUUCCAGAGAGGAUGGCCACGCCAGUGUGGACGGGGCAUCCCUGUGCGAUGACUGUAAGGGGAAGAAGCUCCUUGGGAUGCAUGCAGCCGUCCACUUGAAGCCGGCCAGGCCACCCCUGGUGGCUGGGGUCGUGGGGCACCUCUGUGCCUCUGCAGGUCACCUUGUGAUGCAGACACUGAGAAGGAUUGGAGCUGCAGGCUGGUUUGUUUCCCAGACACUGUGGUCGGCCCUGUUGCUGGCCAUUGCUGCUCCAGGGAAGGCAGCCUCCAGAACCUUCUGGUGGCUAGGGGUUGGAUGGUACCAGUUUGUUACUUUGAUUUCUUGGCUGAAUGUGUUUCUUCUUACAAGGUGCCUUCGAAAUAUUUGCAAGAUUCUCCUCUUGCUCCUCCCACUAUUACUCCUACUAGGUGCCGGCCUCUUCCUGUGGGGCCAAGGUGACUUCCUCUCUCUCCUGCCUGUGUUGAACUGGACAGCUGUGCUCCCAGCACAGAGGGUGGAUGAUCCCUCAGAUGUGCUUAAGCCUGGGCCUUCUCACCCAGGCUCGCCUCUGCAGGCUGAAGACCAAGCUGCACGAUGGCGCUGGGAGAGUGACAUGGGGCAGCAGGUGGCCUCUUUGUCUGCACAGUGCCACAGCCAUGAUGAGAAGCUCAGGGAACUAACAGUCUUACUCCAGAAACUGCAAGUGCGGGUAGACCAGAUGGGCGAUGGCAGGGAGGAGCUGUCAUCCUGGGUUCAGGACGUGGUCAGGCAGCACAUGAAGGACAUGGAGGCUGCCGAACCACCAGGAACUAAGACUGACUUUAUGACUUUGUUCCAUGAACAUGAAGAACGCCUCUCAAACCUGGAAGAUGUUCUUAGAAAGCUGAAAGGAAAAUCUGAGGCCCUCCAGAAGGAACUAGAAGAGACCAGGCUGAGGGCAGUCAGUGAGGCAGAGGAGCAUCCCUUACUGUCCCGUGUGCAGCGUCUGGAGCUGGAGCUGGCCACGCUGAGAUCACAGUUGUCGGACUGGCAGAGUCUGAAGGCCAGCUGUGAGCAGGUUGAUGCCCAGGUCAGAGAAACCAUCCAGCUCAUGUUUUCCGAGGGCCAACAUGGAGGCUCCCUCGAGUGGCUGCUGCAGAAAUUUUCUUCUCGGUUCGUGAGCAAGGAUGAGUUGCAGGUGUUGUUACAAGACCUGGAGUUGCAGGUGCUGAAGAACAUCAGCCACUAUAUCACAGAGACAGGACGGGCACCGACAUCUGAAACUAUUGUGUCUGCUGUGAGUGAGGCAGCGAUUUCUGGCAUCACAGAAGCGCAAGCCCGCGUCAUUGUGAACAAUGCUCUCAAGCUCUACUCCCAGGAUAAGACUGGCAUGGUGGACUUCGCUCUGGAAUCUGGUGGUGGCAGCAUCCUGAGCACCCGCUGUUCAGAGACCUACGAGACCAAGACAGCACUGCUGAGCCUGUUUGGAAUCCCGCUGUGGUACUUCUCCCAGUCGCCCCGGGUGGUAAUCCAGCCUGACAUUUACCCGGGGAACUGCUGGGCAUUCAAAGGUUCCCAGGGAUUCCUGGUGGUGCGGCUCUCCAUGCUGAUUCACCCAACUACGUUCACUGUGGAGCACAUACCCAAGACGCUGUCGCCCACAGGCAGUAUCUCCAGUGCCCCUAAGGACUUCGCAGUCUACGGCUUGGAGAGUGAGUAUGAGGAAGAGGGGCAGCUGCUGGGCCAAUUCACCUAUGACCAGGAUGGGGAGUCACUGCAGAUGUUCCACACGCCGGAGAGGCUUGACAGAGCGUUCCAGAUUGUUGAGCUCCGGAUCCUGUCCAACUGGGGCCACCCAGAGUACACCUGCUUGUACCGGUUCCGAGUCCACGGAGAGCCUGCCAAGUAGAGACCCGCUCUGUAGAUGUGUGUAUAUAGCAGGCUGCCUCGGGGGACAGGAACAUGGCUCCCCAUCAAUAAACAACCAGGUGGCAGGGGGUGUCUGCAGGGCCCCAGUGCAGGUCUCUGCAGACUCCUUUGAAUGUAUGGCUCUCACACGCACUGUUUUAGGGAUUUGUUUCUGAGCAUGGAGCUAGCUGUUGUCUCCCAACCCUGGGGAGCAGCGCUGGGCAGAGCAAGCAGAGCCCUGGCUCUGCCCAGCUCCAAGCACUUCAGGAUGCAGAUGUCUGUCUGCUAAACCACAUUUUUUUCAGGGAAAACUGUCACCAAAUCUUCAGUCUGAGCCCAUUCUACAGGGCUUUUCCUCCUCACAGCAGGCCUGGGGAUCCCAGGUAGGAAGGGGCUAAGGGCUUUGGUGAAAGUUGAGAUGAGUGUGACCCUAAAGGGGACAGUGCCCAUCAGGCUCCCCCCUUCCCCCCCCCCCCCCCAGUUCAAACACAAACCAAGACCUGUCACUCUCUGGUAGAUUCAUCUGAGGGGACACCAAGGUGCCCAGCACUCUGGGGCCAGCUUCUACCAGCCCUGUGCAUUUGGUCACCCUGUGACUACUGCUGAGACUCAGUGUGGUUAUAAUUAAUAUUUAAUGUUUGGGCAGUUUUAUGAGCAGACUUUAUAUAAUUAAGAUAGCUGCAAGGCACUUAAGAACUGCUUCACUGGUUCAGCCAGCAGGGUGACAGCAGCCUCCCCUCCCCCCCGCUGUGCCUACCAGUUGUGGGGAGUCAGGCUACCGGAUGCUGACCUUCACAGACCUUCACGUGCCGCAGGUUGCAUAUAAGGCAGAAUUUCCUAGAUAAAACACAAUUUCGCACUUGGGGUGGAGAUAUUUUGAAUAUUUAUUUUUAAAGAUGCGAGAUAGGACUUUGUGCAAUGUAUUUUUGUAAAUGCUUUUCAGAAUAUUUGUCUUUGGUAGUGCCUCUACUGCCACUAAAUUGAUGCUAUUGAGAUGUUUAAAUAAAGAGUUUUAAUUUUGAAAAGUG